AUGUUUUAUGUAGAUGGCCUGGAGAAAUUUCCGGAAGAGCCCUCUCGAUGCUGCAAAAUUCCAGACCUGUUCGAAAUAGAAACUAAUGCAGGAUGCAGUAGUGGGACGCAUGAAGUAGGCCGAGGGUUCGCCAAUCGUGGAACAUCUGAUUGUGCAGAAAGAACUUGCUUACUCCGGAAAAACGAUUUGCUGUUCGACAACGAUGAGAUUGACAAAGACUCCGUCAAACAGUACCUGGACGAGUGGGUAUCGAAGAGGAGGGAGUUCCUGCCUGCAGUUAAUGCUGUUAAAGAUAUCUGUCUUGGUAAGAAGCCUAUGCUUGGACCCAAUGAGAUGUGUGACGCGGACAAACUACUUUUCUGCAUGAAUUCUAAUUUCUAUAACAAAUGUCCUAACUGGCUGGACACCGAAGUCUGCACUGCAUUACGAGCAUUUUUGGAAGGCUGCAUGCCUUAUUACGAUUAAUCAUAACUGACUAUAUGAAAUU